AUGGCGGAUGAUGUUUUGGCAGAGAAAGUGUUCAAUUAUAUCUGCGGUAGUGGCGGUUUUGUUGAAUUAUAUGUUCUUUUAAAACAUUCCUCGCCCUUGGGAAGUAGGAAAUCAAAAGCAACAGCGAAAAACUGGCUAAUGAGUCAACCUGAUAGGCGUUUAGUCGUCGUGAAAGAUUUCAGUGGCGAGAUAGCAGGUGUGCGAAUUGAUUUAAGAAGAAAAAUAUGUCGGCAAUAUCACGACAAAGGUUCUUGUGGAAGUGCUCAGGGGAAGUGUAACUUCUGGCAUAUUUGUAAAGGAUUCGUCGAAGAAAAUUGCGAUGGCAAAUGCAACCGCUCGCACAACUUUUUUGACCCAGAAAACAAAGAGAAAACAAAAGAAUUGGGGCUGGCUAAAUAUCCGAACGGGACUUUAAAACAUAUUGUUGCGUGGAGCCUGCCACAGGUUUGUGAGCUGUACACAAGAGGCAAAUGUACGUCGGAUUCAUGCUUAUACCUUCAUCUUUGUUCUCAAGCUGUCCGAAGUUCAGCGUGUUCUUGUUCUUUGUCACACAACCUCGUGGAUUCUCACAACAUGAAGAUUCUCAAACAGUAUGAUUUGUUGCCUCAUCAGUCGAUGUCAACAGAUUUUGUUCGGUGCAAUAUCUUGGUUCCAAAGGAACAGUGUGUUCUUCACAAAGCUCGUGAUUUUUUACCAAGUGUUUGCAACACAGGUAAAAAUUCCUCUAAGGAAGCGAAGGGAGUCAUACAAGUUACAAAAAAACAAUCGCCGAAAGUGUCCGCACCAUCCAGAUUCGAAACUACAAAAUCUCAAAAUACGAAACAAAGCUCGUACAAUAAUUCUAAAGAAUUCGAUGCUGCAUGCAGUAUUCAAGAUGGAAAUGAAUUUGAGACGAAGAAUUGCCCGUCAAAUCUUUUUCAAGAGAAGACAACCAAGUCGGGAACACCAAUCUGUAAGCAAAGUGAUCGUAUUAACAAUUUAACGAGUAAUGUAGUAUCACCUUCUUCUGAGAUUAGGCUUCAGUUUUCAAAUAUUAAAACUGGAGACGAUUCUAAUUCGUCCUUUGACGACAACAAGCUUUCAAAUAGAAACACCAAAGCCUUUGGAUGUAAAGAUGAUAAGAAAAAUUCGGUUGAUGCCAUGAAAGUUGGUGGUUUGAAACAGAAUCCUAUAAACAAAAUGAAAAUCGAAUUGGAUGGAAAUGAUUCGAUGAAAUGGGAACAAGGAUCUUUCAUUGACAGUUCCAGAAAGGAUCCAAAUAUUGGCCAAUCGCAAAAGAAGAAAAGCAUAAAUUCUGUGAAUAAAGAGCAACAAACCAAGGCAAAGACUCAAGAGGUGGGAAAAAAUGCUGCCUGUAUGAAGGUGUUAAGUACACAACAACCGAAAAGUUUGGAGGUAUCACGUGGCACUAAAGACAGUCAACGCCAACAUGAAUCCAACAGAGCCUCGGAAAGUGCCAAUAAAGAGCGGUUUGUGGAGGCCUGGUUGUCAAGCCGCGAUUUCGUUGUUGAAUCUACUUUCAGUUGCACUGAUUGGCACAGGCUACCAGCCUCACAAGAGGCGGAAUCUGGGCGUCAACGAAAGUUGUCUGUUUCCAGUUCUUGCAGCUCUGUUCAAGACUCGCGUAAAUGUUUGCCCUCCAAAAAGGCUGUUUUCGAUUGCAUUGUGAAAGAAUACAAUGGCACGGUGCCCUUUGAUGUCAUUUCAAAACGACAAGAUUUGUUUCCUAACGGUUGUGGGGACAUUGCCAAGUGGUUUGGAGCAAGAUCAAAAGAAAGCUUUUUAAUUAGAGAAAAGGAAGGAAUUAUUUACGAGGUUAGUGCCUUCUGUCGAAAGGCAAGGCUUUGUUUCCGGGAGAAGUGUUCUCAGACGGAUUGUCAGUAA